CCCGGGUCCGCUAUUAGCUUUUAGCCAGUUAGCAUCAGCAAGCGUGGUUGCUGCUAACUGCGCUUACAUUGCUAAUACUCUAUUCACACACAUUACCACUGCUGUACUCACUGUUACUUGCUUUAAUGGCGGAUGAAUGUCUCCACUCUGUGCAGCUCGAGCUCGAGGCCGUGGGGAAGCAGAUUCGCGACCUGGAACAGAGGCAGGCCGAGCUGAGAGAGCGGAGAGCCGCGCUGGAAUCAUCCCGGGCUGACGCUCACAAGUCCGGGGUAAGUAUACAGCGUGCUGUUAACAGUCCCACCACGUCUACUCCGUGUGUUUCUCUGCGCAGGCCCGGUGCACCCAGGACGCGAUCUUCCCAGAUGUCCUUCACUGCGACGCCGGGACACCACGGACCCUGGGUGCAUCCACAGCGGAGGAUGCGAGCCGGGUCCCGGGCGACGACAUCUCCCCCUCCUGCCUUCGAGAUCUCCAUCCAGAACCGCUUCGCUCCCCUCCGCGAGACAGGACGCGACGCUGUGAUCAUCGGAGACUCCAUCGUCCGACACGUAAGUGCUACGUUAGCCGAAGGUAAAGUGCACACUCAUUGUUUGCCUGGUGCUCGUGUUCUCGAUGUUUCUGCGCAGAUACCCGCGAUCCUGAAGGACGACGAGAGCCCGAGAGCGGUCGUGCUUCACGCCGGGGUUAACGACACCACGCUGCGGCAGACGGAGACGCUGAAGAGGGACUUCAGGAGCCUGAUCGAGACGGUUCGCAGCACGACGCCCGCGGCGACGAUCGUCGUGUCAGGACCACUGCCCACGUAUCGACGAGGACACGAAAGGUUCAGUAGACUUUUUGCUUUAAAUGAAUGGUUGUUGUCAUGGUGUAAAGAACAGAAACUGCUAUUUGUUAAUAACUGGAAUCUUUUCUGGGAGCGUCCUAGGCUGUUUCGCGCUGAUGGAUUACACCCCAGUCGAGUCGGAGCGGAGCUUCUCUCUGACAACAUCUCCAGGACACUUCGCUCCAUGUGACUAGUUUUGCCACGGGAUUCACAUCCCGUGGUAACUAGGAUUUACACAAGCUCCAGUCUGGAUCCAGAACACCUGAGAAGAGAUGAUGCUGACCCUCAGAGGACCUCAGAUGAUGCUAACCCUGAAUCAACAAACAGAACUAACAAUUAUUCC